GAAUAAUUAUCGUAAACAAUUUGUUUGGCUGCAAAGUGAUCGUGAGCGAAGGAGUCACGAGAAUCUCCGAUUAUUGCUUUGGUCGACAGUGAAGGAAAAUCUUUGUUUUCAGGGAAUUCUACAGAUCUAUUUUACGAUUGAACUGUGCCCUGUGUGCGCAAACACUGCUGGUUGGCCCGGUCUCCGCCUACAAGCAACCUGCACGCAGAUAUCAAGCCCGGUAUCAGCAAAGAUUUGAGCUAGGGAUCAGAGUAUGUCUGGUGUAGAGGAGGAGAAGAAGGAUACUGCCUGUCUGAUUGAGAGAAUGGCAGAAGCAUUGGAACAGCAGGCAGAGGCCGAGUUGGGCCAGAAAGAGGCAAAAGUACCCCCUAUGCCAUGGUGCGGAGUGGACAUCGGUGGUACCUUGGUGAAACUUGUUUACUUUGAACCGACCGACAUAGAGAACUCAAACACUCCGACUGAUGCAAGCGUAGAGCCAGGAACCCUAGAUAAAAUCCAGCGCUACCUGACGUCGACGGUGGCUUACGGAGAGACCGGUGUACGGGAUGCCCACUUGCAGAUUGAGAAUGUACCAGUGCUAGGCCAUCAUGGGACAAUACAUUUUAUACGUUUCCCAACGUACAACAUGUCUCAGUUUUUGGACCUUGUUAAAGACAAGAAUCUUUCUAGUGUGUCAAAUACUCUCCAUGCAACAGGGGGCGGGGCUUAUAAAUUUGAAAGAGAUAUCUUAGAGACUGUCAAUAUGCAACUAAUGAAAGCUGAUGAAUUCAAUUGCCUAAUACGAGGGAUCCACUUCAUUGACCGAUUACUUCCCAAUGAAUGCUACUACUGGAACCAUCCCGAUCCCUUAGACAAUGAGGCCAGUGAGAAGGUCCCUUAUGAUUUUAAGAACCCGUACCCAUAUCUGGUGGUCAAUGUUGGGUCAGGGGUCAGCAUGCUGGCCGUCCGUUCGCAUAAUGACUUUGAAAGAGUCACAGGAACAAGUCUUGGUGGAGGUACUUUCCUAGGUCUAUGUUGCUUACUAACUGGUUGUGAAUCAUUUGAAGAGGCUCUUGAUAUGGCUGCUAAAGGAGAUAACACUAAAGCAGACAAACUAGUUAGAGACAUCUAUGGAGGUGAUUAUGAAAGAUUUGGUCUUCCUGGAUCCACAAUCGCCAGCAGUUUUGGUAAUAUGCAUAUCAAAGAGAAGAGGGAGGAUGCAUGCAAGUGUGACUUAGCAAGAGCAACUCUAGUAACUAUUACUAAUAAUAUUGGGUCUAUAGCAAUGAUGGCUGCUAUGAGAGAGGGUAUAGAACGAAUAGUGUUUGCUGGAAACUUCCUUCGGACCAACUCAAUUGCACAGAAAAUGUUAGCCUAUGCUAUGGAGUAUUGGACCAAAGGAACAAAGAAGGCUCUUUUCUUGCAACACGAGGGCUAUUUUGGUGCUGUUGGUGCUUUCUUAGAGAAUGUUGGCUACACGGACGAUAGGAGUCCUAGUCCUGACAUGGAACGCAAACAGACCAAGACCCCUGUUAUCUCAGAGUCAACCAGCAAGGAGCAGCUAGCCAAUGGCAGUGCAGAGAACCAUAUAGAAGCAAGCACAGCAGAGGACGUCUCUCUUUGACCUUUGACCCUGUGACCUGAGAUCAGUGACCUUCGUGUAAUUCCAGUAUGAAAUCAGGGAUAUUUAGCGCCUGAGCUGAUGUUUUUGUCCAUGUUCGCAAGGUGCCAGUAGUGUUCAGUGAAGCUGAUUUAUGAUUUGAUUUCAGGAUGGAUAAAUGGAAGAUUUGGGUGUGGUGUUUCCAUGGUAACUGGUCUUGAGAUACUUCAGGUAGAUUGGGUGGAGAUAUAGUCAUGUGAAGGAUGGAAAUAUGAGAAUAGUUGGCAAGUGAAUGUGAAAGAUAUUAUUCAAAAGGGAAAUUUCAUAGUUUGUGUACUGGCCUCAAUAGAGGUACAGCAUAUAAAAUAUUGCCCAAAUUUUAUCAUAUUGACUGAGAUGCUGCCGAGGGUGACAUGAAUCUAAUGAGAGCAAUAUAACACAGUCGCAACUCGUUCAUAGCAAGUUAGUAUUAUUUUCAUGUCAAUUUCAAACAAUCUUGGGCAAAUGAAUAUAAAAAAAGAAAAUGUAACAAAUUUCACACACAUUAUUUAAUUGAUAUGAAUUCAAUGAUUGCAUGUUGUAAUAAUACAGUUCUGUGUUUCUGCAUCAUUAGCCAAGCUAAAUUGUAAAUAAUAUUAUUUAACGAAAAAUGAAUUUUUAAAAAGAUGUAGUCAAUGACUUAAAAAUAAGAUGAAUUAAAGAUUAAUAUUGAAAUAAUUAUCAACUCACAGUAAGGUGGUUAUUGUAAAUUCAAUUUUAGUGAGUAAAAUUAUUUGUAUUUCAUCUUUAAUGAUGAUGGUAUCAUUGAAUGUCAUUUGAUGAACCAUUAUCAUUGUACUUCAGAGCAGAGUGGAGUGUUAGGUUUACAAAUUCCCAAUUUUAAGAAUUAUCAAAAUGAUUUUAUCAGCUUGUCCUUGAGCUGUAGUUAUUGUCUUGUCAUGUGGACAAGGUUGUGUGGUCUAGUGGUUAGAGCAUAAUCGCAAGGUUGUGAGUUCGAAUUCCCACUCUGCCAUUGUCUCCACUUUGAUAACAAGACCCGAAAGUAAUAUCUGUCGUCCAUAAGGUCAGCCAAUAUAUCUGAUUAACUUACACCUAAAAUGUUUCCCACAUGUAUGUAAUUGGUUAUAUACCAGCUUGGCAUUUAAUUACCAGCAAAAAGCUGUCCUGCCGAGUUCCUACAGGAGUUACCAGAAACAGAAAUAGAAUUAAUUACCAGAUUCUUUGAAUAUUUUUUUACUUUAAUAAAACAGUUAGGAUGUGGAGGAUAUAAAUGUAAAAUAAGAAAAAGAAGAAUUUUUACCAACAGAUUGCCUUAAUGUUAGAUACCAGGAUGAAAAAAAAAAUUAACAGCCACUUUGCUUUUGUAAGAUCAGAAAGUUGAUACUUGAGUGAUGAUAACAUUGUAUCUUGACCAAAGAUUUAUGGGCUUCAGAAGAAAUUCUUCCUCUUCCAUCCAAAGUAAAAAAAAAAAAAAACAAUUGUGAUCUUUUUUGUAAAAUUUAGUUGUAAUCCAUUGUGCAGUCAAUGUUCUGUUCCUUACAUUUGUACAACAGUAUAAAACUAAAUGUUGUAAUGACAGAAACCCUUUUUUCAAGUAUUCUAUUCAUAAAUAUUUGUGCAAAUUGCAAUUUAAUUUAUUUUCUGUGGUGAAAGUAGGAAGUAGGUUAAAUUCAUCUUGCAAACUAAUUCUUUGUGCAUUGCUCAGAAAUCAUUCAGUCUCUAUAUAAUAUAGUAUCCUGUAGCUUAUUCAUAAAGAAUGACCUGGACAUUCCAACAUGUAAGUAUAUUUUUGAAGCAAUAUUUCCACUGAAUCAUCAUUCAUGAUGGAAGGAAUUAUCAGACACAAAGACACUGACACUGUCAGCGAUUGGCUUGCAUGCUCAUUUUUUAUUUCUUACUCUAAAUGCUGCUAUAUGUGAACAUCACCAUCCAUUCAGUGAUGUUAAGAAUUAAGAUUUUGCUUUGAAGUUGUACUUACUGACUAAAGUAACAGAGUCCAUGAUGAUUGAGUCCAUAUGGUGUUUUGGAGUGUACAUUGUAUCUUUCAUCCGAAAUCUUUGAAAUAGUCUGAAUUUGAAAUAGACUAUAAAUGUAGUCACUUGCUCAAAUCAUGACAAAACUGCCAGUUUGUGUAAUGUAGACUUCUGGUGUUCAGGCCCUACUCCAAUCACUUCCUGUCUAUUACAUGUAUUUAUGAUUGUAUUUAAGAUUGAGCUAAUGGACCGAUUGUGGAUUCAUGACAUAUUGGACUAAGUCCGUUGUACUGCCUUGUUAUCCCCACCCCCUUCCUUUUAGGUGUCAUGUCUUGUGACAAUCUUUAUUAACGAUUAUUGUAUAAAAACAUAAGCCUUUCAUUCUGUUGAAUGGUUCUAUGAGUGUCAUUGUAUUCUUGGAAAUAAAAGUAACUAAAUAUAGUAUAUAAUAUAUUAAUAGAAGUUAAGCCCAGCUACUUAUUGACAGCUGAUCUUCAACAUUUGAGGAGAUGCAUUGUUUAUUUCUAUAAGUCCUUUCGCAAAAGGUACAUCCAAAAUUUCUAAGUGAAUUCUCCAUAUAGGUGUCAAUGACAGUAUUUUUAUGCAUAGUUAAUGCUUUUUUGUUUCAUCGUCAUAAUUCAAAAUGAUUUUGAUUUCUUCUUUCAAAUUUGCACAAAUAUAUUGAUGCAUUUUAGAAUGUUCUUUGAGGGACCUAAUUAUUACCUUCUAAGGCCUAGUUUUGCACACUUUACUACAACAAUGCACUGCAUGCCAUAUUUCAAAGCAUAUUCAUUUUUCUAGUGAUCUGUCAUUAUGAUGGGAAUCUAGGUGAAUGUUUAUAUUCUUUCAGCUCUGAAGUUUCAAGAAAUGUUUAUAAUGAAAGCAUAAAUAUUUAUUAAUCAUUAAAUGAUAUGUACCAUCAUUAUGAUGUAUAUGAAUGAUACGCUAAAUUAUUUAAAUUUAUGUUUGAGUUUCAGCAGUACAUAUACAGAGUUUUAACUCUUAGUUUUAUUUUAUACAUUCAUGUAUCUAUAUUUGUUGUUGUUUUGUAUACUAUGUUUUAUAUAUUGACACAUUUUAAUUUUAAUAGUGUUUAACAGGGUUUAAGGUCAUUGAGUUUUCCUCAAUUUCAUUUGAUUUUCAUCAAUCUAAAAUUUUUUUUUUUUAUUCAUCGAUCUAUCCCUCAUGUUCUGAGAUUACUUGCCUAGGUAGAAUGGGUGACAUUAUUCUUCUAUACAACAUCAGAAAAUUGGGAAAACCAUUACUGACUUUAUGUUGAAUCCAGUUUUGUAAAUUACUUAAGUAGCCCAAAGGCUUUCAAAAUUGUCCUAUUGAGAGAUUACUUUACGUAUUUGAUGGUUUAUUUAAAAAAAAAAUUGCAUAGCAAACUAUGUUAUGUUCCACAAUGCCAAUACUUCUUGUGACUGCUACAUAUCAGAACAUGCACUGCAUACAUCAUUAACAUAAUACGGGAGAGCAUGGAGCUUUUCUGUAGAUGUUUGUAAGACAUCUUUCAAAGUUUUUGUUGAGAACAACUUUUAGAAAUUAUUUUUCAAGUACUAUCUUGCCAAGUGUGUGAGUUAUUUUCUUGAAGUCUGGUAGCUAGCUCUUGAUUCCCUUCCUUCAUAUUUUCAAACCAUGGCAAGUGCACCAAAACAAACACACAAAAACUAGACUUUAUUAUUAUUAUCAUACAAGUAGUCAUAUGUAUGGGCAUUUCCACAGUGGGAGUCCAUUGUUGGGAUCAUCUAUUGAGAUAGCACCAAACUAAUGGUAUUACUUGUGUGAUUCUGACCUAGGCUCUAUUAUGGAUCGUUAUUGAAACAUCACUUGCAAACCAAUUACUCUGUCUUGUGCCUACAGCUACCCAUUGCACUGGGUUCUGUUUCCUAAAGACUUGUUAUAAUAACAAAUGCAUUAUUUCUACAACAAAUUUGCAAUCAGCCAAUUAAAAUUGGUGGAUUUCAGUAGCUUUUUAACUGUUAUUUCAAAUUUGUCAUAUUAUAAGUUAUAUGAAAUGGGCCCCUGAUGUUGAUCCCAGAAUAAGAAAAAAAGCCAUUUACAUGUAUUGUAGUAGUUUCCGAAUGUCAUGGUUGUGUUCAGUCUUUGUGAAGUGUGUGGAUGCAAGUAAUCAUAUUUCUUUCAUCAUGAUUGAUUGUAGUUCAUCAGAAAGGACAGGAAUUCUAUGUUCUCAUGGUUUUGAUAGAAAAUCCAGGUUGUUGCUCCUACUGAGUUGUAAACUGUUGCUUUUUAAUAAUUUUUAUCAAGAUGAAAUUCUUUCUUGAAUUACAAAGACAUAUCCAGACAUUGCAGAAAGAUGAGUAUUGAAUAUGGUGAUGUUAUGAAAACAGCCAAUUGACAAGUACAAAAUGUUAUUACAGCAAUAUGUGUUAUAAACGUAUAAUACACCAUUAUGAUAAUUUGUAAAUGAUAAUGAAAUUCUUCCAGAUGUUUGUUCGAAGGAGAACUUCACCCUAAAUUAAUGCUGGUUUUUCUAAAA